AGUUUAAGAGUUGGGUGAUUUCUUUAACGCUAUGAUCAAGCCUCUGUUUCCAACAACCAUGCCAAUUUUUUGCUUUAGCUGCGAUAACUUUGAUUUUGCUGCUUUCACUGUUUGGUGUUCUUGAACUUUGACACCGGCUUGAAAUAUCUGGUUUCAUAUGGAGCUUAACCUCUGGUUUUGGAAUUUAUUGUUUGGUGCCGAUGAUGGAUAUUUUUUUUUUUGGGGAGGGGGGUGUUGUUUGUGCAGCAUGUUGCAGAGAAUGAAUCCCGACAAAGCUGAACCAAUCUCUUAAUCCUACGGACACCUGGAUAACGAGGGUAUGCAAUCACUACUAACUAUGGACCUGAUGGAAAAUGUUUACUUGCAAAAGGACCCUAUGUCUAGCAUAGAGGAUAACAAAGAACAAGGAGUCAAUGUGAAUACAUCUGAUGAGUCAGCUGAUAUGCCAUCGUCCCAGGAGGAGGAGGAAGCUGUAAAGAAAAAAUAUGGAGGAAUUAUGCCUAAAAAGCCACCUCUCAUAUCCAAGGACCAUGAACGUGCAUACUUCGAUUCUGCGGAUUGGGCACUUGGAAAGCAAGGUGGUGGGAAGCCAAAGGGACCGCUUGAGGCUCUGCGGCCAAAAUUGCAGCCAACAGAGCAGCAAACACGUUACCGGAAAUCUCCUUGUGCUCCCUCAGAUGAAGGGGGAAAUAUUUCGCUGGAGGAUGCACCUUCCAAUGAGUGAGCAGUCGGUCUUUUGAUGAUAUGCUGACUAUUCCGAUGCCUGAGCUGGUAUGGCUUGAUUGAAUAAACACAGAAGCACUGAAUAUGUGUCUAUAUUGGCUGAAGACAUGUGAAUGUAAUCUACUGCUCCGCCGUAAAACUUAUCAAGACUGAGAUAUUUGUAUUUCCCAUUUCUUCUUGCUUCAGGUAUUUGAAUAAACCAAUAAGAACUUGAGAAUGACAUGUAACUUGUCUUAUAACUAGUACUAUUUCAGUCAA